AUGAGCUCAAAGGCAGCAGCGUUUUCCUUCCUAUCAAGUAUAUCAUUGAAUGCAAAGAAUGGCAAUAACAACAAUAAUAACAACAACAACAAUGGUACCAGCACCAGUAGUACUGGUAGUUCGACCACCAAGAAGAGUGGCGAGCUACCGCGGUCCAAGCAUACCCCCACCAAACUAGAGCACUCUGGUAGUAGCAGUGGCAGCAGUAGUAGUGGUCCCAACACAUGGAUAUUCAAGAUACCCUACGCUUUAUACAAGACAAUAGACAUCAGUCCCAAACAUUCGAUCACUCUCAAUGCCAUUCCAACCAAGAGUGUUGUAAUCAAACAAGGUGACCAGUUCUACUUUUGUGUAUCUGAACCACAGAAGGUGGACAAGAUAGUUGCAUUGGCAACAGUAUCACAUGAUACAAAGAGUGGCUCUAACCCAGCUACUGUGACCAUUCCACUCAAGUUUGACAAGGUGUUCUCUGACCCUGUACCAAGGGAUCAACUCAGCACCAAUCCACAGCUGUCCAACCUAGUCGAGUCAACAUCAUCAUUCACCAAAGUAUCCGAUGCCCAACUGCCGCACUUCCUAUCACUUGUCAAUGGCUACACCUCCAGGAAAGUGAAGAAGGAAGCGAUGAACUUUUUGUCUGGAAUAUCAUUGGCACCACCUGGCAAGGAGGAUACAGCCGGCCUCAGCCACUCCCCAACUCCCUAUACUUCGCAACUGGGUGCCAAGCCUACAUCAACACAGGACACCCUUGGACGCGAUCAACAACAACAACAACAACCUCAUUCAGUUAGUGGUGCACCAACAACAUCAACAUCUGCACAUCAUCAUACAUCGACCAACGCACAUUUGGACACAAUACAACUUCAACCAACAAGAACCAGGAAGCGGAACACCAUAGAGGAAUACAACACAAACUAUAACAUAGCAACACCACAAAGGAUAUACUUUGCCUCGUCUUCUGGAUACCCGCUACAUGUAUUCUCGAUGAUCCGUGGCGACACAAGGAAGGUCAAGCAAAGAGGAAAGAACACAAAGGAGUUCUCAGACUCGACCAACAACAUCCAAUCGGACAUCAUAUCACACUCACACUUCUCGAUCAAGGAGGCCAACAUAUUCAAGUUGAAGGAGACGUCGUACGGCCACCUGCUGAUCAGCAACUAUGUGGCGCCCUCAAUCGAUCUGACGCCGGACGACGUGGACCCCUCGGGCAUCCCGCUCAAGUACGACCCGCUCUUCCUCGACAACUCUGAGCUCAAGACCGGCAAGCACAGGACGGUGAUGAACCUGCACAGCUACAAGGUGUCGAUCUUCCCCUACAUCAAGAAGUCGGCGAUCAAGGAGGAGCUCAACGAGCAGUUCAGACAGAAGCACGAGUGGAUCAAGACUGGUGUCACACUGUACAAGAUCAGAAAGAUCAAGCGCAAGCUUCAAAAGAUUGCCAUGCUCUCUGACAUUGAGAUGUCCACACUCGCACUCUCCUACGUCCUCUUUGAGAAGUUAAUCAUCAAGAAUGCCGUCAACAAAGAGAACAUCAAGCUCUACUCUUCUGGCUGUCUACUCCUAGCUGCCAAGUUCAAUGAUCCAAUGGCAUUGGAAUCACUCAAACCUUUGAUAGAGAACAUUGAGAAGAAGUUCUCUAUCAACAAGAAGGAGUUGUUGGCAUCAGAGUUCCAGAUAUUCUCAGCGGUCAACUUUGGAUUGUUCAUUGAUUAUCAUGAUGUACUGCCGCACUUUAACAGACUGAAACAGGAACUUAUGAUUUCUGAUCAAAGCAUAUCAUCCACAUCGAGACAACUUCCACUGCCAUAG